AUCACAAGUCAGUAAAACCAAGAUGCCUGUGACGACGACGACAACAGCUGCCUCCGCGGUCGUCCACUUGACGCAUGAGCGCUCUGGUGCUAGUGCUGACGUCCACUUGUAUGGAGCAACCGUAACCUCCUUCCGUCCGUCCGCUGGUGCGCCGGACGUGCUCUUCGUGUCGAAGAAGGCGAUCCUGGAUGGAUCCAAGCCAAUUCGUGGCGGCAUCCCCCUCGUGUUUCCCCAAUUCGGGGCAGGGCUUGUGCCAUCCAAGCUUCCGUCCCAUGGUUUUGCGCGAACCAGCACGUGGACUCUCGUGGACACAGAGGACUUUGUCGAUUCCGUGACUGCGACCUUUUCCCUCGUCACGACCAAGCACCAGUUGGUCGAUUGGCCGCACGCUGUGCGCCUGCUGUACACUGUCACGUUGUCGCAGAACCACCUCACGACGGCUUUGCACAUCACCAACACGGACACCGAAUCGUGGGGAUGUCAAGCGUUAUUGCACACGUACUUCCUUGUCCCUGAUGCCUCCCCGUCGUUGGUGACUUCCGCCUUGCCUAACGUGACUGUCAGCGGCCUCGCCGGCUUGGAAUAUGCUUGCAAAGUUCGCAAGGAAACCCUUAUCGAGUCCCGCGACGCGGUGCCGAUCGAGACCGAGACGGACAGCGUAUACAAGGACACCCCCGAGCGUCUGACCGUGCAACUUGGCGCCUCACGCGCCAUUCGCAUUGAGAAGCGCGCGUACGUCGUCGGCAAUGGCGCCGUCCCAAGUGACGCGGUGGUAUGGAACCCCUGGUCGGACAAAGCCCACGGGCUGAGCGACUUUGCCGACGACGAGUACCCGACCAUGCUGUGUGUCGAACCAGGCGUCGUCACACGCGUCCAACUCGUGCAACCCCAACAAACCCUCGUGUUGAAGCAAACAUUGAGCAUGUUGUAACGACUGGAAUGUGUCGAUGCGACUGAUAUACUACUGUAUCGCAAUACGCGGAGUAGUACGUUGAUCGCUGUUCUUGACUACAUAUCGUACGGUUGGGCUAAAGUGCUUCAGAAAAUUCGUAACUUCGUCAAUACCGUAAACAAUCAAUUUACAGUUAAGGGAACUUUCAAAGAUAUGGUGCAAGUCACCUAAAGACUACAAAUAAAUGCCUUGUCUUUCGACA